AUGAAGGAGUUGAUGUCUGCCCUCAGCAUGAAAUCACUCGUAUGUUGGAUUGUACUGUUGGCCGUGGUACAACAAGUGUGCAGUUUCUACAAUCCGUUUGAUUACAAUUUGAAUCUUCAGAAAUUUGAAUAUUUCAAACAUCCACAUCAUGGCAAAAGGCUCCCACCCCGAGACGCAUCUGUAGCACAAAAAGCGAUUGCGGUUGUGACUUACUUUCACAAUUUGCUUGCAGGACAUCCAGUGCAGGAGAAACGAUAUUAUAUUCCGUUUGAUCCCGAUCGUGCAUUGAAGCUCCGGGGAGCUUAUCAGCGGCAAUUUGGAUAUCGAGGGGAAAAUUUGAUCGCCCUGAUCGGUAACGGCUAUUCGCCACAGGCUUUACGAUACUACGGUGCGAUUGGGAAGAAUUUUGGGAAAUAUUGA